AUGGGGGAGCUGAGCGUAGAAGCAGCGCCUUCAUCAGGAGGGAACGAAAUUGCCCAAUAUGCUAAUGGCGGUGAUGUUGCCGCUGUCGACCAAGAUGAUGUGGGAAGAUGUUUCAGAUUCUCAUGGGCAUGCGUCUACCUUAGACAGAGAAUGGGUCCACAGGCAGAACCAGUUUCAAAAGAAGGGCAGAAGGACUCUGCCCAGGAAGGCUUCAAUGUUGGGUUCAGGCAAUCUGUAAACGUUGGCUACAAGUGGGGCCUUGUUCGCGGGGUUGCCAGUGCAUUAUCUAGUCUUCCUGAUAGCUUGGAAGAAAAACUGGUGCCGGAUGUUCAGUGUAGAGGGAAAUUACAGGGUCUGCACAGCUCCGUGCAAGAAAUAUCAGCAGAUGACGCUCUUCAGAUGUUCCAUGAGAGUAUUUGCCAGAGCAAUCGUCCUUCAGAGGGAUCAGGAUCACAUGUAACAUCAACCUCAGAUGGAGCUACAGAAUCAAAUAGGAUGAAAAGCCUAUCAAAGGAUCUUGUGUUGUUGUUGCAUGAAUGCUCAGAUAUUAAAGAGUAUUCCUCAAUGCUUGAUCUACUUUUAUCCAUUGGAAGCACUUUUGGUUAUGUUUAUUUAUCAAUGCCAUUCAUUCUUGGUGAUGAACAUCUGACCUGCUCUACCGAUUGGUUCCUCCUGAUCUAA